CCGGGCGGUUCGGGCACGGAGCCCCGGUGCCCUCCGGCCUCAUCCCGCCGGCCCAGCACCGCCUCCCGGCCGGGCGAGGCGCAGCGGGCCGGGGAGGAGCGGGGCGGCGGGGCCGGCGGCGGCCCCCUCACGGGUCCUGCCAAGCGCUUUCCGGUGGGCGCGGUGGAUGCCAUCCUGCGGGACGUGCUGCGGGGAUACCUGCAGGAGCAGCCCUACGAGCCAGGCGUGUGCGGGGAGAUGGCGAAGAGCAUCGCCGAGGUUAUCAAAGCUCGGGUAAAAGACCUUCUGGUGCCGAGGUACAAGAUUGUUGUGGUUACGCACAUUGGGCAGCUGAACGAGCAGAGCAUGCAGAUCGGAAGCAGGUGCCUGUGGGAUCCUGCGACUGAUACGUUUUCAUCGUAUGUGUUCAGAAACACUUCACUGUUUGCUCUUGCAAAUGUCUAUGCAAUCUAUUUUGAAUAAUGAGGUAGCUGAGUUUUAGCAAAGGGAGAAAUUAACAUUCACUCUAACCCUUCCUGUUUCUGUUGCUGAGAACAGCUGUGAAGGACCAAGGCAACUCUAACCUGUUUUGUAAUGUGGUUACCAUAAGGUUUUUGGCGGCGGAUGUAAUUACUGUAUUUCCCGGGGCUUUCUCUGGGAAGUGAUUCUCUGUAAAAUGCCAUUUUGCACCUGAUCCUAACUGCUUUCAGAACAGUGUGUCCCCGUAAUACUUUUUCUCCUUGAAUUUACUGUGACUACAUGGUCCCCAAAUGGAAAUCACAGGGAGAUUUUCUGAAAGUAAAACAGAAGCAUUUUGAAAUAGUCCACAUUAAAUGGCAUUUUCAGGCAGUUAAGCAUGUGCUUAAGACUAACUGUCCCACAGCAUUUGGAAUCAAAAGAUAAAUGCCUUUAAAUUAUAUCAUGUUUAGAGUAUAUACAUCCAACACGUCUGGCCCUUUUUAUUUAAGGUGCUUGAAUCUAGCAAAAAAUUUGAAUUGGGUUUCUCAGCUGAUCCAUGCCUAUAGAUAGCAGGGGACCUAUGUCUCUGUGCUCAGAUACAGGUUUCCAAUCAGCCUGGGUGCAAAUUAACUGCUCCCUAGGCAGGACCUUGGGUAGACUUUCUUGGAAACAGCUGCAACAGGAAACAAAUCAUGGCACCUGCCCUUUUUAAGGGGAAUCACUGCUGAGUUGAUUGCAGUCUCUGCUGCUAUAGCAAUUCCCAUGCUGUGGCAGGGCUCUGACUUGGAGGCCUUGUGGUGCGAUGCUCUGCACAGAAAUAUUUUCAUGGCAUUGUUUUUAGUCUGAUGCUACCGAAGAUGGGCUUUUUGCUGCCCGUAUUUCACAGUUGAUACCAGGUCCAAAAUCAGCUGUUGGAUUUUUGUAAGUAAGAGGAAACACCUGUGGGAAAUGGCUAACGUUACUGCAUUUUAUGUGCGAAGCUGAAACUGGGCUAGUAGUUAGAUGGAAAGAAAUACUUGUACUCAUGUCUAAAAAUGUAACGAUUUUAACACUUAAAAAUUAAAAUGCUAUACUUUGUAGAAUGUAAGCAAACCACCCUGAGCUGCCAUUGCAGCCGUUCGCUGGUUUGCACUACAGCAUUUACCAUCCGGCCUUUACUCCUUAGCGUACUCCAAAGAACAAAGGCACAAUUAAAGAAUACGACUGAAA